AUGGCCGCCUGUUAUUAUAGUAAAAUCGAGAUGUUACACGAAGACCAGAGGAAGAAGCGUAAUAAAAAUAUUAUUGCAGAAAUAAUAAUUCCAAUGCGUCAAUCGAUACAAAUAAUUUCGACAAGGGCCGAAUUAGGAAAACUAGAGCCUGUGUUACAUUUGUUUAUGAUGAAAUAA